AUGUUCGAAGCUACGCCUAAGGGUGCUCUUGAAUUCACAAAAUUCUGCGUUUGUCUAAUAUUCACUUGGCCACCCUGGCCCGAAGCUAGUAAACUCGCGAAAACUUUGUUCAACAUAUUCUCUUGGUCGUCGGUCAUUCUGCCGUCACUACUCGCAAUCGCACUGCUGAACGCUGCUCGCUUUCAGAUGGACGAUUAUCUUGUAUUGACGAAAAAUGUUUGCUUGGCAUUCUCUUGCAUCCAACUGGUCAUAAAGAUACUCAUUUGCAGAAAACAUCGUCCGCGACUCGAGAUGCUACAUUGCGGCAUGAAGGAUUUCAUUGAGAAUGCUACACCCCGAGAGAUGGCGCUACUUCAACGCUACGUAGAUCGUUGUGCCACUCUCCAUUUCAUCGUCAAUCUCUUCGCACUGUUAGCGGGCCUCACAAUGAUUUCUGGACCUCUCAUGCUUCCUGUAAAGUUACCAUCCGAUGCCAAGUAUCCGUUCCCUGUUGAUGCACAUCCAGGCUACGAAAUCGCUUAUUUACAUUUUAUCGUCGCUGGAUUACAAUGUUCCUCGAUCACUCCGGUCGAGUGUCACGCUGCUCUUCUCAUAUGGUUCGCCGGAGCACGUCUCGAAUUGUUGGGCGAAGAAUUCCAGAAUGUCACAUCCAGCGAUGAAUUCAACGAGUGCAUUAAAAAACACCAAAUCUUACUCAAGGACACCGACGAAAUGAUUCGAGUUGUACGUUUAAUUGUUGUCACUUCUACACUCAUGGCAGGUCUCUCAAUCAUAACAGGCGCUAUUCACAUUGUUAGUCACGAGCCGAUGGUGAUCAAGGCCCAAUUCAUCAUAAUCGAUGGGGACUUUGCCUUGGUACUUUUCAUCAGUGCCUGGCCGGCUGAAAACCUCAUUAACGUCUCGAAUGGAAUUGGCCAAGGUGCUUACAGCUGUCCCUGGAUUCAGAACUCCCCCGAAAUGCGCAAAAACGUUCUGUUCGUUAUGCAAAGAUCUCAAAUGCAAUGUAUUAUUUCUGUUCCUGGUAUAUUACCGCAGCACUCUCUAGAAUCCUACACAUCCAUGCUGCAUCGGACUGUUGACGAUUUCCUAGCAAAAGCAACGCCGCGCGAGCUCCAAAAGCUCCAGGAGUACGCCAGCCGCUGCAGUUUGUUUCACGUCGCCAUUAAUUUGUGCGCUCUUCUGAGUAACAUCGCGAUGAUUUGUGGACCUCUGAUUCUACCUCAGCCUCUACCGGUCAUCGUCGAAUACCCCUUCGCCGUCGACUACUCACCGGCCUUGGAGUUGGCCUACAUACAUCAAGCCAUCGUGGGAUUUCAGUGCGCCUCGAUCGGCUCAGUCGAUUGUCAAACAUCGCUUCUCAUCUGGUUCGCUGGGGCACGUCUCGAGUUACUCGCAGAAGAGUUUGAAAACGCCUCGAGCGUUCGCCAAUUCGACGAGUGCAUUCAGAAACACCAAAUUUUACUUAGUUACGCAGAAGAGACGAUUCGUGCAACUCGUUCGAUAGUCGUGACAACGAUAUUCUCGACUAUUCUCUCAGUCAUCACAGCGGCCGUGCAGUUGGUGACGCCGCAGCCACUGAUCGUGAAAUCACAAUUCGUCGGGAUUUUUGGAGGGUUCUUAGCCGAGCUUUUCAUCAGUGCUUGGCCUGCUGAGAAUUUGAUAAACAUGUGUGACGCGAUCGGACAAGGUGCAUAUAACUCCCAAUGGACCGACCAUUCUCUCCAACAGCGACAAAAGAUUUUACUCGUCAUGUUGAGGUCUCAAAUUCACAACUCGAUCUCAAUUCCGGGUUUAGUUCCAAAACUUUCACUAAGUUAUUACGCCUCGUUUGUCUCAAGAACUUAUUCAUUUUUUACUGCCCUGCGAGUUAUCAUCGACAAACUAAAGUUUUGAACCACAAUCUCUCAACGUCCAUCAAAUUCGUCCAUUCAAAUGCUCAUUCAGACCGUACAGUACGACUGACCAAUUCGGAUAUUAAUGUCUGAUAUUCAAGCUCGGACAAAAGAGUGUAAUUGAACGCGCACGCCCCGUUCAUCACUGUAUCGUCCUCGUUGGAGUUCAGCGACACUUUUCAAGACGCUUCAAUAUUAUACAUGGGUGGUAUCGAGAACUGGAGAAACCGUCACAUUCGGUGAACAGAAAAAUCGUUGAAAUAAUGUUUGCAGAAAAUAUUUUCAAAUGAGGAAUUAAUCAGUUAAUUUUUCUUUACAUUGUUUUGUUAAAACUUGCGAAAUUCUGUUCGUCCAUGAUUUGACUUUACAAAAAAAAUUGACUCGGAGUUUCACAAUUUUUUUUCCAUAUAAAAUAGUUUUCCAAUUCAUAAAUGAUCAUCACUCGACAGACCAACAAGACAAAAUAUUGUUUCCCGAUGUAAUAAAACUCGAGAAAAAUUAAAGGGAAAGUCAAAAUAUUCUGAUCGCAGGCUUUGAUUUUUGGAAAAAACAUUCAAAACCAGACAAAAUCAGUAUCCGAAAAAGCGAACGUUAACUCGCUAACGGUGGGAAGACGAGUUUGAAAGUUAAAAACAGGAGAUCGCGACCUCGAAAAUAAUCCAUGAAAGUUACAACUGCGUUGCAACACUUUUACGGGUCCACGUCAGAGAAAAAAAACCCAGAAGAAUGUCGUCAGUAGCAUAAGGUCAAAAAAUUAUUGCUCAACAUUCUUCAACAAUUUUCUGCAAAUGACUCUUGAAUGUAUCUUUCGAAAAUCAUAAAAAAAUAAAUUCUCGAAUGAAUGGAAAAA